AUGCUCGACGGCGCUUCGCCGCGAUGUGCCAUGCAUGGAAACAGCCGACCGCAUUACUGCAACCGAGAACAUGUCGGCAUUCCACGAGUACGCCAGGUUCAACGCAUCCUCCACGACAAGCGGCAUUGCCACAUGCGCGUCAUCGACCUUUGGGGGUGUCCACAGGAGAACAAUAUUGGCACCCCAAAAUCGCGUUGUGAGCAUCAACAACAAAUGACGAUGAUGCAGCAACGGAACGAAGCAUGGCGACUCCCCAGUGGGCGCAGCGUCCUGCAGGAAAAGCUCUGCAGACGUGGAGGAUAG